AGUAUAUCAAUAUUUUAUGAUUUUUUUCUUUUUUCUUGGAGAACGUACAACUACAAAUAGUCUUAUUUGUUCUGACAAAAUUUCAAUUGCCUUUUUGGAAUCUAUAAAGUACAUAAAUGCAGAAAUACAACUUUGUUUUGGGUGAUACAAAUAAGCCGUUAAAAGACCCAAAGGAAAUUAUAUCCCUGUAUUAAAACGGAUAUCAAAAGGCGGCGGGGCUGGCGCAGGCGUCGGCAGCGAUCUGGAUAUAGAUUUUCUCGUGGGACUCCUCUCACAUCUCUCAAUCCACCCUUUUCAACCCCUGCAGACGAAUCGCACCACCAACAACCCUCGGCUACCUCCCGAGACAGUCCACCUAGGGGUUUUGUCUGAUGGUGGGAUGACAUGCCACGCGUGUAUGCUAAGCGGUCAUGCGCUUGCUUGCUCACCGCUAGCCUCCUUCUCCUCACAUUUCUCACAUGGCCUCCAAUACCAGUCUCGAUCAAUCAUCCCCCGACAACUGCCUUUUCUGUACAAUCACCAAACGCUGAGAGAAGUGACUAUGUCGAGGUGACGGAAAGCAACGGGGCCGAAGUCCUGCUUCCUUGGUUCAUGGGAGGAGGCUCGGUGACCCCCACUGCAGGGCCGGCCGGACACAGGAGCAGACUCUGGCCGGCCCAAAGGCCAGGCGAUGACAGGAUCACAGCCCAGUUGAUGUUCAAGCCGGCUGUGGUGACGCCAAACCGGCUGAAAACAAUCCUGAUGUACAAUGGUCUCGGGUCAUGGGCGCCAGCAAAAACUGGAAGGAGUGUAUUUUCGCACUGCCCUGUCAAUACUUGUACUCUCACCUCUAACAAAGCUGAGUCGAAUAAAGCGGACGCCAUACUCUACCGAGACCACUUUGUCCAUCCUGGCCAUCACAGAUCAUCUAGACAGGUAUGGAUCCUAUAUAUGUUAGAAUGUCCGUAUCACACACAGCACAUGAAGUACAAUGACGUAUUCAAUUGGACGGCCACAUACAGAAGGGAUUCAGAUAUUGUCGCUCCCUAUGAAAAAUGGGUUUAUUAUGACGAUCGAGUCAGACAAUUGGCUCGCCCUUUAAGGAACUACGCAGCAAACAAGACUCGCCAAGUUGCCUGGUUUGUAUCAAACUGUGGCGCUAGAAAUGGAAGAUUGCAUUAUGCUAAAGAACUGCAAAAGUAUAUUGGAGUUGACAUUUUUGGAUCAUGUGGGACAAAAAAAUGCCCAAGGACAAACCAAGCACUUUGUUUCAGUAUGUUGGACAAUGAGUACAAAUUUUAUCUGGCAUUUGAAAACUCUAAUUGUAAAGAUUACAUCACAGAAAAAUUUUUUGUCAAUGGCCUUGGGCGUGACAUUUUACCGAUCGUAAUGGGCGCACGGCCGGAGGAUUAUGAGAAAAGUGCGCCGAAAAACUCAUAUAUACAUGUCGAUGAUUUCGAUUCGCCAAAAGAACUGGCCAACUAUUUGCACAUGUUGGACAAGGACGAUGAGCUAUACAACAGCUACUUCCGAUGGAAAGGUACCGGCGAGUUCAUCAACACCCACUUCUUCUGCAGGCUAUGUGCCCUUUUGCACGACGACUUUCCAAUCAAAUCGUAUCGGAACAUCAAUGAGUGGUGGCGAGGGCGAGGUAUAUGCACCUCUGGGUCGUGGCGCAAGCAAGGAACCAACUGGGCCAUUGAAAUCGCAAAAAAUGACAACCAAUGAACAAAAAUAAUAAAAAUUAUAAAAAAAAGUUAAAUUCUAGAUAUUUUUCCAAAAGGCGUAAAUGUAGAUGUCAUCCAUAAUUUGGCGGUUUCACAUAUUUAUUAACAAUUUUUUUUUAAACAAAAAAUGAAGCCAAACAUGAAGAAUAUGAGCAAAAAAGUUUUCUUAGGGGGGGAAAUGUAUAUACUAUUAAAAAGAAGAAAACCUUUUAAUUUUUCAAGACUGAUGGUGCUUUAAAACAUAAAUCGUCUCAGAAAAAGUUAAGUUAAACAAAAAACUUCUUAAUCUUAAAACUUAAUUUAUAAUCUCUUCAGUUACCACAUAAUUAAGUUUCUUUUAAGUUCAAUGUGAUAGUAAUUGUAAGUUCCUUUGUUGUUUUAAGCCCCUUAAAUGAAUGUGAUAAAUUUUGAAGAUGCAAUAAAUUUGUCUGAGACUAAAUACAUGUUUGAAAAUUUAACCAUAAUAUCACAAAAUAAAGUAAUAAUCAAAUUAUAUAUAUAUAUACAUGAAGUGCCUAUUUUAUGAGGAAAUUUACUUUGGCAAAAGCCCAAAAUUUUAAUGUUGUGUCAUCAGGCCUGUAAAUUGAACUUUUCUUUUCAAAAAGUCGGUUCGUUAAUGUUCACCCUGGUCAUAUCCAGCAAUCUUCCAACUCAUUUGAUGACUUUCUUGAAAAGAAGCGUUCUUCAAUGAAUCAGGCACGUCUGUUUGUAAGAUCUGUUUUAUUAAAAGCUGCAAGCUAAGGGCAAGUUAAUUUUCUUAAAAAAAAUUAUCCUUAAUUUCAAAUUAAAACAAAAAUUGUCUGAGAAAACUAAUCAAUUAAAAACAACAAAAGCACAUUGUUUGCAAAUUUUAAUUUGCUGUAAACUCAUUUAUAAUGUAGAUUUCUUAGGUGUUUUUAAUUUUUUUAAAUGUUUAAUUUAUUAUAUGUUGGCCUGAAUAUUUAAGUAUUCAAAUUAUACAAAUGGAUGUUUGUACAUAGUAAAAUAAGUAGGAAAUGAAAAUAAGUUUUAAAAGUAAAAUUAGAUAAUUGUAUGUAACAAAUGAUUGUUUCAAAGUUUAGUUUAAGUGUUUUGAUUAUCGUUUUAUUAAUUAUUUUAUAGAUUGUCUUCUGACAGAGUUAUAUCAGUGUGUUUACAAGGUGGGUCGAAUGUAUUGAACAUUAUGAGAUUUGUAAUGAAAAGUUGUUUGUUAAAUAGAAA